AUUCCCGAAUCCUCCCAGAUGGGGAUCACGUUUAGAGUCGGGCUGAUGCAACGGUCUCCACUUUAUAAAAUUUACACUCGACCCACGGCCAACCAGAAGAAAGCACAUUUGUUCCAGAAGGGCUCCAAGUCAGGCAACGUCUGAGUAUGUCUGCCAUUGUACAUCUCCUUAGCCGAGUGUGCUACCAUGCCAGGACGGAUUCCGGAUCCCUCGGUGACGGCGGGUUCCCUGCCCAGUCUGGGCCCUCUGGCUGGCAUCCCGGCUACCGACACGCUCAAGUUUGGUGAGCUUCAUGAGUUCAAGACGAUGUUGUCGCCGCUCCACUUCAUCGGUAGCUUUGGAAAAAGGCCCCUUGUCAUCAAAACAGAGAGAGAUGAAGAUGAUGAUAGAAGGAAACGAAGGCGAGAGAAAAACAAGGUAGCUGCAGCACGAUGUCGAAACAAGAAGAAAGAGAGGACGGAUUAUCUACAAAAAGAAUCGGAAAGAUUAGCAAUGUUAAACUCUGAUCUGAAAGCUCAGAUUGAGGAGCUGAAACUUGAACGCCAGCAACUGAUCCACAUGCUUAACCGCCAUCGUCCCACCUGCAUCGUGCGGACGGACAGUGUCCAGACGCCCGAUAGCGAAGCGAACCCGCUGCUGCUGCUGCAGCAGUCGGAGGCCGUGUGAAGGCAUGUCCUGCACGAACAUAAAACGACGACAAGCACUCGGCUUUGAGCUGUAAGAUGGACGAAGAGCUGCUGAGCCCUUGGGAUGUCGCACCGCAAGAUGUGAAUUGAACUUUGGUGUGACAUUUGACUUAACUCCUCUGUUACUGCUCACCUCGCCAAUGUCACAUGGGCAAACUCAGAAAACAGGUAAGCUGCGAUUGGUCGUGAUCUGAGCCCUGAGUACCUGUGAUGUCAUUUUCAGUCAACAGCAAUUGGCAGAAUGGAUAAAAAAAAUGGGUGUAUUUUACUGAUUAAUAUACGCAAUAUUAAUCAGAAUGCCGUGUUUAGACAAGCGGGGGCGCAUAGAACAUAUUAUUUUAAAGACACAUUUUGAGUCGACUUUAAUGGCAUACACUUAAGUGGCUUUUCUUGUGAUUUCUUUACCAUAUUUUGACGCAGGCGUCAUUUAUAUCAUGUAUUUUGCAUAUCAAAUAUACAGUACAUAUGUACUGUUGAUGUAUCUUCUUGUUACCAUUUUAUAUAUAAUUUUGUACUUUUUUGUGAUGUGUAAGUGAAAUGCAAUUUGUAUCCCUUUAAGAAAUACUUUUUUAAAACUA